AUGCCAGCCUACACCUUAGUCGUGCACCUCUACGCGAAGAAAGAUUGCGUCGACAAGCUGAAGGAAAAGCUGCAGGAAGCGAGCCAGGUGUACAGCAAGGAUAAAGAGUGUAUUAGCUGGUUCGUAAUGCAAGACCACAAAGACCCGCAAGCCUUCACCAUCGUCGAGCGCUACGAGCACGAGAGCAGUCAAAAGUACCACCUAGAGAACCCGUACUGGAAGACUUUCGAUCCCUACGUGAUCCCGCUGCUCGAGCGGGAUAUGGAUCUGCGCCGCUUCAACGAGCUGGACACGAGUGCGCCGGUGCGCGUGGAGAAGGACGAGGGCCUGUGGGAGAGGGUGGCGAAGCAUCAGACUUAUUGA